AUGUCUGAGAUACAAACACUCACAAGCACGCGAGAUUGGUCACAUGUGCCAUCUGCACAAAAUCCAGCAGAUUACAUUUCUCGCGGUCAGUCACCCAAAGAUUUCGUUGAGAAUCGGGUUUGGUUAAAUGGUCCUGAAUGGUUAAGUCGGAAGGAAGACACCUGGCCCAAAACACCACUAACACAAAUAGAUAUUCCUGAACGUCGUAACAAGAUUUCACUAUUUACGGUCACAAACUUGGAUCCAUCAGAUAUAUUCAAUAGAAUUUCGUCAUUCUCUAAACUACAAAGAGUAAUAGCGUACUGCAUGAGAUUCAAAAAUCUCAACAGCAAGAAGAACUCACAAAGGGGGGGACUCGGUGUCGCAGAAUUAAGAUCAGCCCACGACGCUAUUAUUAAACGGGUACAAGCGCAAGCCUUUCCCAGAGAAUCAUCGCAAUUAGGAAACUAUGAAACCCUUGAUAAGACAAGCAAAUUGUUAGCAUUAAAUCCUUUCCUUGAUGAAAAUGGAAUUAUUCGUGUUGGUGGUCGAUUACGAAAUGCGACUAUCAAAUACUCACAGAAACACCCUAUUCUAUUGCCGAAAGGGCACCCAGUAACCGCGUUAAUUAUCUCGCGUGAGCACCUUCAGAACAUGCAUGCUGGGGUACAAGCCACUCUCAACGCGGUUAGAGCCAAGUACUGGCCAAUCGACGGAAAAAAUGCAACGCGGUUUAUUGUCCGGAAAUGCAUAAGCUGCUUUAAGGCAAGACCGUCAGGACCGCCGGACUACCUGAUGGGCGACCUUCCGCGUGAAAGACUAAUAGCUAGCCGGCCCUUCGAAAGCGUAGGCAUCGACUAUUGCGGACCGUUAUUCAUUAAAGAAAAACGUUACCGUAACCAGAAACGACUCAAGGUUUAUACAGCGGUAUUUGUGUGCUUUUCUACAAAGGCAAUUCACUUGGAGCUGGUAAAUGACCUCACUACAGAGGCAUUUAUCGCUUGCUUAAAAAGGUUUAUUUCUCGACGAGGAAGGCCAAAAAAUAUUUACACGGACAAUGGCGCAAAUUUUGUAGGUGCAAAAAACGAGCUGAAAGAACUAUUCCACGUACUACAAUCAAAGGAACACGACGAACAAGUCACGCAUUAUCUAGCAGAGCAGUCAAUAGACUGGUUUCUGUCACCUCCUUACUCACCACACUUCGGUGGUUUAUGGGAGGCGGCAGUAAAAUCUUUCAAACACCACCUGAUCAGAACAGUCGGAGACACACUACUAACCUACGAGCAGCUCAACACUUACGUGAUUGAAAUUGAAGGCAUAUUAAACUCUCGUCCUUUAACACCCCUAUCACCAGACCCAAAUGACCUGCAAGUCCUAACACCAGGCCACUUCCUAAUCGGUGAGCCCAUAACCUCGCUACCUGAACAAAAUUAUACUGACAUACAGUCAAAUAGAUUGUCAUUGUGGCAGCACGUCCAGAAGAUAAAACAACACUUCUGGAGGCGAUGGCACAAAGAAUACAUAAACGAAAUUAACAUGCGCAGCAAAUGGAAGAAGGGCAUUUCCAAAACAAUCGAAGUAAACAACUUAGUUUUAAUCCGAGACGAUACGCUACCGUCCAUGCGUUGGCCCUUAGGCCGCGUAUUAGAAACACACCCUGGAAAGGAUGGGAUCGUUCGCGUAGCAACGAUCAAAACACUUAACGGGACCUACAAAAGAUGCGUUAAAAAGCUAUGCCCUCUACCCAUCGAAGCGCCAUAAAACAAACGUUUUUCUGCCUCCUCCUCCUUUCCUUUUAAGAUUAUAAAUAUGUAUAUAGCAAAAAUCAGAA